UCUCAUGUUCCAUCAGUCCUGCACGCCGGACAUGCCAAGGCUCCGAUGCUUUCAGCCACCGCAUUGGCCUCCUCCUCUUGGUGCACGAUUCCUCGCUUCGUUUCGCUGUGAAAGUGCCCCUAGUUGGGCACUGACGCUCGUUUGGAGAGGAAGUUCAGGGAGUCCUUGCAGUGGAGAAGAGCUUCUGACUUGAAAGCUGUGCAUGGCGUUUGCAACACCUGUGCAGACUGUGAUCGGUUGCAGUGCGCGUCAUGGGCAUCGAGGUGCAGAGACCACCUUUGGAAGCAUGGUACAUGAAUGAUUCAGAGGAAGACCAACGACUGCCUCACCACCGCAACCCACCUGAAUAUGUGACUCUGGAAAAGCUUGCCGCCCUCGGUGUGAUACACUGGGUGCUUGAUGCUGAUAACCAUGAAACUGAUCCUGAAUUGAGCAUAAUCCGCAAAGAUAGAGGAUACAACUAUACGGACGUUAUUACCGUGUGUCCUGAAAUGCUUCCCAGUUAUGAGGCGAAAAUCAAGAGUUUCUACGAGGAGCACAUCCACAUGGACGAGGAGAUCCGUUACUGCUUGGACGGCAGUGGUUACUUCGACGUCCGGGACCCAGAAGACCAUUGGAUCCGGAUCUGGGUGCGGAAGGGAGACAUGAUAGUGCUACCUGCGGGGUGCUACCAUCGUUUCACGCUGGAUGAGCACAAUUACAUAAUGGCGAUGAGGCUAUUUGUCGGUGAGCCUAUCUGGACCCCAUACAACCGACCACAAGACGAGCAUCCCGUGAGGAAGGGUUACGUCCACCAAUUUCUCCAGCCAGAGUUACUGGACGUGGACAUGUCAAUCUCAGCGUAGUAAAGGGUCGAUUCGACCUCUUCAGUGUCAUGCCGGUCGUCCGUUUAGUUGUCGCAUAUUCAAGUUUGAACUUCAGAACUCUGCAGGGAUGUUUGUAGAUGUGCACAUGCUACAAAUCCAUACAACUCUUCUCCAUUUCUGAAACUUUUCCAACGGAGUCUGGAUAGAAAGACCUGCAAUGGUUGGCUCAAGCUUCAGUUGUUGCUGAACUAGUUUCAGGGAACAUGGAUUGGGAGGAUUCAUUCUGGUAAAAAGAGUAACUGGGUCACUGGCAUGGGUGACCGAAUUCUCAAGCUAAUCCAAGGGACCACCAGUGCUCCCCUAACAUCCUGCAAGGGCAUGCACGAUUCCAGUUUCGUGUACAAAUUCUGGGGUUCUGUAUCAGUCCACCAACAACGUGUUGAUCUUUGCACAUUGAGAUUUUUGCACUAGUUUCUGUAAUGUGUGAGUUGUGUUUGGGUUA